AUAAAUACCAGUUUACAAUAUUGUUAUUACAUUAGAGUGUUUUUAACUUUUCCACAAUGAAAUUAUACGUUUUACUGAUUUUUGUUUUGGCUUUAAUAACCUUGACGUUAGGUCGCGAAGUUAGUGAUCAUGGUCUACCAGGUCAACCUGGUUUACCAGGAGGUUUAGAUGGAAAGGGUGGUGACGGUGGUAAAGGUGGUGGUAGUGGUGGUUCUGAUGGCGGUAAAGGUGGCGGUUCAGAUGGUGGUAAAGGUGGCGAUUCUGAUGGUGGUAAAGGUGGCGAUUCUGAUGGUGGUAAAGGUGGAAAUGGGGGUGGCGGUUGCAAUGGCGGAGGUGGCGGAGGCGGCGGUGGCGGAAACGGCAAAGGUGGCAAGGGUGGAGAUGGCGGCAAAUGCCUUCAUUAACAUUUUUUUUGGCAGAAUAUCUUAUAUUUCUAAAUGUUUAAAAUUUAUGAUUUAAAUUGAUUUUGUUUUAAUAAAAAAAAUGUUUCUUUUU